CGGUACUCAGUCCUCGGCCUACCGCCGCGCCGCUCGCACGCGCCAUGGACGAACGCGGAUUAAAAAGUUAAAUUAAAAAAUCAAAAUGUCAUUCCGGAGGCUAGUGAGCGCGGUGAGGUCCGCGCGUGAAGCGCUCGCCCGCGGCGCCCCUAUGGCGGACAAUAUAUUAAAAAGUUUAGUUUCUGUUAUUGUUAUUUGUUGUAUUGCUGUGUCUUCGCCGCCGAGCGCUUCUGCGAAGCCGUUCGCGUUGAGUUUUCCCGCGGGAUGGUCGCUGGCGGGGCUGGUUGGCAGUGUGGGGGCAAGGUCGGACGACUCGGAGCGGCCCGCGGCAGGGGUAAAGCCGUACACGGGGAGGAGGGUUGGGAAUGACACGCUGAGGAUGAUCUACUACUACGACCAGACGGUGGCCGUGGUGGAGCUGGGGCCGGAGAAGCUGUUGCUCAAUUGUGAGCUUAUAGAGACCCUUGACGAGGAAGACACAGAGCGGCUGCUGCGUCAACUGGGCCGCAUCAACAGACCUCUGGGCAUCACGUUCCCGCAGAUGAUCAAGCUCAUGAGCCAGUGCCAGCAGGUAACGCCUCGGCUUCGCAAAAAGGUGAAGGGGGUGGAAGCUCACCCGCACGUGACGUCACGCGGCGAAACAUGGCGGGAGGGGGGAGCGGCGCGCGCUCGGCUGGAUAAUGGGGGGACCCAUGCUGGCCUACUAGGGGGGAGUCCACUUACACUGCUGCAGGGGAUCAUACCUGGCACAAAGUGGUGCGGCACAGGCGACAUAGCAUCCGACUACCACGACCUGGGCGCCGACCGGCGCCUGGACCGCUGCUGUCGCUCACACGACCUCUGCCCCACCAAAGUCCGCGCGUUCUCCCGCCGGUACAACCUCACCAACAACUCUUUAUACAGCAAAUCACAUUGCACAUGUGACGACAUGCUCUUCGACUGCCUCAAACACACGAACACCUCGGCCUCGCACCUCAUGGGACAUAUUUAUUUCAACAUCGUGCAGGUCCCGUGCCUCGAGGACGCGCCAAACGGCAGGAAGUUCAGGAACGCCAAGCAAGGCUUUUAGCGUAUCAACGCCAUCUUGUGACGGUUCGGAAUUUGCAUUUCUAUUUAAGGAGUGUAACGAGGAGCUUAUACUCGUACCUAACAGUGGAGUUUGC